AUGGCAAUGGAGGAGGAAAGUUUCUCCAAAGUUUUACAGAUUGGAGACUUGUCUUCAGAUUACAUGAGAGCAAUUCCGCUAGACUUUGUGAGAAGAUUCUCCGACAGUGAGCUUCUUGGUAAGAUGAAGAUAACUGCAAAGUGGGGAACCACUUGGGAAGUAGACAUCUGCAAGAACCCGGGAUUUUUCUACAUGGACAAAGCUGGAUGGAACCAGUUUGUCAGCGACAACUGUUUGAAAGGCGGUGAUUUAAUAACAUUCACUCACAAAGGAGCCAUGUGUUUCUCUGUGAAGAUCUUCAAGGAGAUGCUCCAACCUCCUCAACCCACACCACCUUUUUUUGCUUCUUUUAGUGGAGGUGGGCAUAGGACAGAAGAACAAGAGGAGUGUGUCUCCAAAGAUGUAAACAAGGAAGCUGAAUCUGAUGGAGGAAGAAAGUUCAAGACAAAGCUCGAGAAAGUGGUCAGUGUCCCGAGAUAUUCUCGUGGCUCCUCUUCGUCUAAUGUUACCGGAUUCACCGUUGUCAUCCAAAGUUCAUAUUUCACCAAAAGGCUCCUGGGGAUCACGCAUUCUUUUGCAAAGGCUCAUAUGCCGAGGACGAAUGCAUCGUUCAAGAUACAUCAUCCGGAUGAGAAGAAGUCGUGGAGUGUGCGUUACUUGCCGAGGAUUCAUCCAUUCUUACUUAAUAAAUGGAAGCCAAUGUUUUCUUCUGGUUGGGGUGUUUUGGUUAGGGAGUAUCCUUUAGCCAUUGGAGACAUAUGCACAUUUACACUCAUCAAACCGGAGGAAAUGCUUCUCGUUGUCACAAAACCCAGAGAGGAGGACUCACUAAUGAUGAUAUGA